AGAUGCGGGAGGAGGAGCCGCAGUGCGACGCUGACAAAUGACGGCUUUCAGGUAGUCCCCGGCUGUCCCUACUGUUUUACGCGCCUCUGGUGCCACAGAGCACGUGCUAAGAGGUGACUCCGCCCCUUUGCCCAGCUCGCGUUUCUCAUGCUGCCCGCGCUCCUCACUCGUAGGUUGCUGUGCGGCUUCCUGCGGGGAUCCACUCCCACGGUAGCGCGCCGUGGACUCCGGGAGACGCUCCUCAAGAGGACAUGCGCGGCCGACUCCUCCUCCCGGCGCCCGACCGGCCUGGGAUGCGGGCUUCCCCGGGGCGCGACGGCGACGGGGGGUAACCAAGGAAGGGCUGACAUGGAGGAGAGUUUUCUGUUCCCCGAGUACGUCCUGGAUUCGGAGCCCGCAGCGACCCUCCAAGACCAGCUGCGGGAGCUGCAGCAGCGGCAGGAGGAGGAGGAGCGGCGGGUGCUGCAGCGGCGGGAGGAGCGGCGGCAGCAGAAGCUACGCGCCGGCCGGCGGGUGCACCCGGUCGUGGGGCACCCGGACCCGACGGUGCCGCCCAGCGGCCUGAACUGCUCGGGUUGCGGGGCGGAGCUGCACUGCCAGGACCCCGGCGUGCCCGGCUACCUGCCCAGCGAGAAGUUCCUCAGCGCGGCGGCGCAGGAGGACGGCGGGCUGGCACGGACCGUGUGCCAGCGCUGCUGGCUGCUGGUGCAUCACCGGCGCGCCCUGCGCCUGCAGGUGAGCCGUGAGCAGUACCUGGAGCUGGUGAGCGCCGCGCUGCGGCGGCCCGAGCCCGCCCUCGUGCUGUACAUGGUGGACCUGCUUGCCCUGCCCGACGCCCUGCUGCCCCACCUGCCUGCGCUGGUGGGCCCCAAGCAGCUGAUCGUGCUGGGAAACAAGGUGGACCUGCUGCCGCAGGACACUCCCGGCUACCGGCAGCGGCUCCGGGAGCGACUGUGGGACGACUGUGCCCGCGCUGGGCUCCUGCCGCCCCCUGGCUACCGGAGGCCACAGCACCCCAGCGGGGCCCGGCCACCGGACGGGGAGGAGAAUGCGAAUCCUUCGCCCAAGUCCCGCACGGUGCUCAGAGACGUGCGGCUCAUCAGUGCCAAGACUGGCUUUGGAGUCGAGGAGUUAAUCUCCGUGCUCCAGCGUUCCUGGCGCUACCGCGGCGACGUCUACCUGGUUGGCGCUACCAACGCUGGCAAGUCCACUCUGUUCAACACGCUCCUGGAGUCCGAUUACUGCAUCGCCAAGGGCGCUGAGGCUAUCGACAGGGCUACCAUCUCCUCUUGGCCUGGAACUACAUUAAACCUUCUGAAGUUUCCUAUUUGUAACCCAACUCCUUACAGAAUGUUUCAAAGGGAAAAAAGGCUUAAAAGAGAUGCAACUGAAGCAGAAGAAAAUCUUAGUCAGGAAGAACAAAAUAAACUUAAUCUCUUGAAGAAGCAUGGUUAUGUAGUAGGAAGAGUUGGAAGAACAUUCUCGUAUUCAGAAGAACAGAAGGAUAAAGCUCCCUUUGAGUUUGAUGCCCAUUCACUAGCCUUUGACAUGGAAAAUGAACCUGUUUUGGUUGCAGAUAAAUCCACCAAACGAAUAGAAUUGACCCCACUAGAUGUGAAAGAUGCCCGCUGGUUUUAUGACACCCCUGGAAUUAUAAAAGAAAAUUGUAUUUUAAGUCUUCUAACAGAAAAAGAAGUAAAUGUUGUUUUGCCAACACAUUCCAUUAUUCCAAGAACUUUUGUGCUUAAACCAGGAAUGGUUCUAUUUUUGGGUGCCAUAGGCCGCAUAGAUUUUCUGAAGGGAAAUCAAUCAGCUUGGUUUACAGUUGUGGCUUCCAACUUCCUUCCCGUUCACAUUACUUCAUUGGACAAGGCGGACACUAUAUAUCAGAAGCACGCGGGUCACACAUUACUCAAGGUUCCAAUGGGUGGAGAAGAAAGAAUGGCAGGAUUUCCUCCUCUUGUUGCUGAAGACAUCGCAUUAGAUGAAGGACUUGGGGCAUCUGAAGCAGUGGCUGAUAUCAUGUUUUCCUCUGCAGGUUGGGUAGCAGUAACGCCACAGUUUAAGGACCGACUGCACCUCCGAGGCUAUACCCCUCAAGGAACAGUUCUGACAGUCCGACGCCCACUCUUGCCACAUGUAGUCAACAUCAAAGGAGAGCGCAUCCAGAAAAGCGUGGCCUAUAAAACCAAAAAGCCUCCUGCCCUUGUGUACAAUCUGCAGAAAAAGAAAAGAAAAUAAAUAUAUGAAACUGAUCUUUUCACACUGAAGAUUAACUAUAUAGAACAUACUGUGUACAUUGCAUUGCAUUAAAUAUCGCUAUAAUAAAGCCUUCCGCCACCCUUUUUAAGGUACC